UCGCCAUUCUCCUCUCCUUCUCUCGCCCUCCCGCCAACCGCCCGCAGGUCCCGGCAGCACCGCCUUCCCCUGCCCCUUCAUCUCCUGUUUAAAAAUCAAAAACAUCACCAGUCCCAUCACGUCCUCACAGCUUCUGAGCCAGCGUCGACGGUAACACAUGAAAAACGAGUCAAGCAAUUUUUAAGAGAGUCUAUAAAGUUAAAAGACGCUUAUCUGGGUGUUUCUCAAAGGCAACUCCUGUUUAUAGGUCGUUGUAAUCUAGGAUUCUGCUUGAAGUGCAUUCUGGAUCUUCAUUUUUGCAAUUGUGCAAGAAAUUUAAAGUGACUUUUUCUAUUAAUCAAGCUCGGCAUGGCUGUGGUCAUCCGCUUGCAGGGGCUCCCAGUUUCUGCAGGAACCUUGGAUAUUCGUCACUUCUUCUCUAGAUUAUCCAUUCCUGAUGGAGGGGUUCAUAUUAUUGGUGGUGAACUGGGAGAGGCAUUCAUUGUAUUUGCUACGGACGAAGAUGCUCGGCUUGCUUUGAUGAGGUCGGGAGAAAUUCUCAAAGGGAACAGAGUAAAGUUGAUGCUAAGUAGCAGAAAUGAAAUGCAGAAGAUAAUUGAAAUGAGCCGUAAGCGAUAUACAGGCAGCAGUGAGGUGUCCAAUUCCGAACGGCCAGGAUCGAACAAUAUUGGUACAAGCCGGUUUGGUAACAUAUCUUCCACACUAGCUGCAAACCUGGUUUCAGCUAUGCAGCAAGGAAUCAGCAGGGGUGCAUUUCAUCCCAGUGAUAUUGGAAAUUCCAAUAUAGACAACUACAGCUCGCGCAUGGAUCCCAUGAUGAGUGGUAACAUGUCCAAUAUGGCAUUAUCUUCUCCACAGAAUAUUCCAGUUGGAGCUGCUCAUUCUAUGUCUGUUUUGUUUGGAAUGACGUCCAGAGCAAUGGAUAAUAGUUCAGAUAAAUUUAAUGGCUCUGGUACAGUGGAUCUCUCUGCUGAUUCAGCUUACAAUCAAAUGCGAGAACCAAGAACAUCUGAUAAUGUUUACUUGCACCUGUAUGGCAUGCCCUAUUCUGUAAAAGAACAGCAAGUAAGAGAAUUCUUCCAUGGUUUACAAAUUGAUGCAGUUCUUUUCGUGAAGGAUUUUUGGGGUAUGAGAAAUGGUGAGGGUCUUGUUCGAUUUGCAAGUGCUUGGGAUGCAACAAAAGGAUUAAAUCGUCACAAAAACUACAUGGGCCAAAGAUUUAUACAGGUCUUUCGAGCCUCUGAGUCUGAAUGGCUUACUGAGAGAAGCGAUUUACUUGCAGAAGAUAGCCAGUCUGAUAUAAACCGAGGCCGCUCCCCUCCUCAUGAAGAUAACUUUUUCCACUCCAGAAGACGGUCAAAAUUACCACACAGGCGCAGAUCAAGAUCGCGUUCUCCUUAUGAUGAAGAUUAUUAUGUGCAUCUGAAAAAUAUGCCCUAUGGUAUCACAAAAAAAGAUGUACACGUUUUCUUUGAUGAGCUGAACAUUGCAGGUGAUCAGAUUUAUCUUGUAUAUGACAUUUAUGGUGCAAGCUUAAAGGAGGGCUUUGUGAAGUUUCAAAAUGCUGAUGAGCACCGUAAAGCUCUCAGGUAUCAUAAAGUGUGCAUGAAAAACCGUGCAGUUUAUGUUUAUCCCAUUGCCAAAAAUGCCAUGUUAGAGUUGAUAGCCAAUUGUAAACAAAAAUCAAGGGAAAAGUCAGAGGAUAAAAUUGAAAAUAAAAGGUACCAGGCAAGACAAGAAACUCAUUCCUCAUUGAGGUUGUACAUUUAUAUCCGUAACCUUCCUUUCGAUGUCUCCAAAACUGAUAUUCGUAAAUUCUUCAAAGGUUUCGGUGUGUCUGAUCAUUGGAUCCAAUUACUUGUUGAUGGUAAUGGCAUUGGAUUAGGGGAGGCUGUGGUCAAGUUCAAGACUGAGGAUGAAGUUGUAAGGGCUGAGUGCCUCUAUGGUAAGAAGCUUGGCGGAAGAGAAGUUUUGCUAAAGCCAAUUUCAUCGCAAGAGAUGCUUGAACUUGGUGUCAGUUCUGUGCAUGAAAGAACCAAAGGCCAGAAGGAAUGUGACUAUUUUGGUUCUUAUAGCAAGGGUGGUGAUCACUCAUUGUCUAUUGAUAUGCAUGAAUCAGCUGAAUCUUCCUUUGAACCUUCCAGCAGUUUGGGUACUGUACCCUCCACGCAAAGAUCAAGAUACAGCCAAGAAGAAGGAUCGUAUGGAGGGUUUGACACAGGAAAUGGAAAUUUUGGAAGCUACACUGGAGGAGGAUUCAAUUCAGGCUAUCAAGGAACUAUGGGAAUGUCCAGUGCAAACGCUGUUGUGAAGGCCUUUAACCUCCCUUUCAAAAUCACGGUUGAUGAAAUACUGGAUUUCUUCUAUGGCUAUCGUAUUAUUCCAGAUUCUAUCACCCUACGGUACAAUGACAAGGGUUUACCAGCUGGUGAUGCUGUUAUUGCGUUUGAAACAGUUGUUGAAGCAAUAGCUGCUGUCCGGGAACUGAAUGAGAAGCCAAUAGGAAAAAGGAAUGUCAAACUCAGUUUGAUUUGAGAACAGUGAACCUGCCUUUUGGUUUUUAAUGAACAAAUUCUCGCUUCUCUGAAGUAAAACACAGAUGCUAUCUGGCCACUGGUCCCACUGAAUGAAUAACUUAAUUGAAUUGCUAUCAUUUGUGACUUUCAGGCAACAUGAUUCAUGUUGAAAUUGGUCUUUGUUUUAAGUGUUACCAGAAAAUAGUUGGCUCUGGUUUACUACUUUGAGGUAUAUUCUAUUUUGUCUUGACUCAAUUGAUAUAGUUUACAAGAUUAUAUUCUAAUGUUGUUUGGUUCCUUUGAUUUGAUGGGUUUUAAAGUUAAAUGCUGUUGUCUAUAGAUGGUUUGGAAGUAAACAUGAGCAUGCAGAAAUUCUGCAGAAAUUUUAUUUUUCAUUGUAAAAGGAUGAUUGAGUGUAAUCUUUUAAUCUACUCCAUCCUGAAUAAUAUUGUAUCAUUUUUGUUUUAAAACCUUUUUAUUUAGUUUUAACUGCUUACCCCAAUUUUAUUUGAGGGGGGUAGUGGUCCUGAGGUGGAUGUGCUGACCAAACUUUGCUCUGCGCAUGACACACACAUGGAUGUGUGAUUCAAUAAAUGACUUGAAAGCAUACAAGCAAUGUGUCAAUCUAAAAAAUCCAGCCAGGCUCAACUGGUAUAAAAAUCACCCAUUAGAUUACAGGAACAUUAGUUCAUCCAAAAGCACAAAAAUAAUUGAAGAUUCUAUUCCCUCACUCCCAUCCUUAUUGUGAAGGAAUAUAUAAAUGACAAAAAAAUAUUUGAAUAAGAUGUGCUUAUUGGUCAAAUCUGAGUGAAUACUUUAUUCAAUCUCUUGCAAAUGGGGUUAUUCACGUAAAUGACAAAUGAAUUGUGACAUAUUUCCAUUUGUUUAAAAGCAUAGGAAGUUACAAAUGUUUGUUUAAGGUUCUGGAGUAUGGUGGUGCAGUUCCAUGCCUAAAAUAUUAAUUCAGUCUUGUUUUGGAGUUAUUCUCUAAUUGUACGGAUUUGUACAGCUUAAUCUUUGACAAGAAAGACAGCGGGAAUUUAAUUUUUGCAUUUGUAGGCCUGUAAAUUUGAAUUAAAAAAUCUUGAAUAUC